CUCAGCUUCUCUGUUUCUCCCCAGCUUUCCAAAAACCCCACUAGACCUUCCACCAAGAAACAGAGACACAAUGGCGUUCCCUUCAUUCUCCCUCAUUUUCCUCCUCUUCUGUUUCCUGGUCUUAUCCCUCAUUGCCUCCGCUUCCCCUGUACGAGACCCUGAAUUAGUUGCACAAGAAGUUCAAAGGAGCAUUGCUAAUGCCACAAGGGCUAGGAGAAAAUUGGGGUAUCUUUCAUGCGGCACCGGGAAUCCGAUCGACGAUUGCUGGAGGUGCCAGCCCGAUUGGGAGCAAAACCGGCAGAGGCUGGCGGAUUGCGGCAUUGGGUUCGGCAAGAAUGCUGUUGGUGGAAGGGAUGGGCGAAUUUACGUGGUGACGGAUUCUGGCGACGACGAUCCGGUGACCCCCAAGCCAGGGACCCUUCGCUAUGCAGUCAUCCAGGCUGAGCCAUUGUGGAUCAUAUUUGCUCGUGACAUGGUGAUUCAAUUGAAGGAAGAAUUGAUCAUGAACUCGUUCAAGACAAUUGAUGGUAGGGGAGCCAGCGUGCACAUUGCCGGUGGUCCAUGCAUCACUAUACAGUAUGUGACAAAUAUUAUUAUCCAUGGGAUAAAUAUUCAUGAUUGUAAGCAAGGAGGGAAUGCUAAUGUGAGGAGCUCCCCGUCGCACUAUGGGUUGAGGACCUUAUCGGACGGUGAUGGGGUGAGUAUUUUUGGUGGAAGCCAUGUUUGGGUGGACCAUUGCUCCUUGUCCAACUGCAGAGAUGGCUUGGUUGAUGCAAUUCAAGGGUCAACAGCUAUAACAAUAUCCAACAAUUUUUUUACCCACCAUGAUAAAGUUAUGCUCCUGGGAGCAAGUGAUACUUAUGAGGAAGACAAGAAUAUGCAAGUCACUAUUGCCUUUAAUCACUUUGGAGAAGGGCUUGUUCAAAGAAUGCCUAGGUGCAGGCAUGGCUACUUUCAUGUUGUAAAUAAUGACUACACUCACUGGGAAAUGUAUGCUAUUGGAGGGAGUGCAUCACCUACAAUCAACAGCCAAGGAAACAGAUUUCUUGCCCCUGAUGACAGGUUCAAUAAAGAGGUGACUAAAUAUGAGGAUGCACCGGAGAGUGAGUGGAAGAGUUGGAACUGGAGAUCAGAAGGAGACCUAAUGCUUAAUGGUGCAUUUUUCACACAAGCAGGAGCUAGUGCUUCAUCAAGCUAUGCAAGGGCAUCAAGCUUGAGCGCCAGGCCAUCUACACUUGUGAGUGCCCUCACCUCGGGUGCUGGCGUGCUGGGCUGCAGAAAGGGCUCCAGCUGCUGAUUAUUAUAUGUGGCUCAUGCAUCAAGAUUGGAUUCUUACUUAAUUAUAUUUUGGUUUUGGUUUGGUUGAGCUCUUAUAGUAGUAUUUAUUUAGGAUUUCUUGAGGUUUACUACAAGUCAAGAAAUUAGGAAAUGAAGAAAAUAGCUGAGAGGGCAGUCAAAGGAGAUGCUCCAGCAAGUCUGGAUUAUAGUGCUAGGAAUUGCUUUCUUGGCUUUUCUUCCCUCUAAAUAUUUCCCUUUUUUAAACUUUUGCAUUCUUUUUCUUUUUCCCAUUUGUGUCCUUUUGUACCUUUUUGACUUGAUUGUAGAAUACAACCUCGGCCUGUUACUCUCUGAACCACUGGGAGUUGCUGUUGGACACUUGGGACUUCCUGUAUCGGUACCAGAGAAAGCAAGUGCAGAUGUGUUGAUAUACUAAAGGAAUAAAUAUAUCCAUUUAUAUA